AUCUCCCCAAAUAUUUUAAAACCAGUGGAGGAGGUUUUGAGUUCGAAUGAAAGAAUUCUCAAAGUCCAAUGACAAAAGUAUGAAUGAUGAACCAAACAAAUUGGAUAUCCGCACAAAUUAUCUCACUUUUACAAAGAGAACCCAUAAACGAUAUCCAUUCUUAGUUGAGUAUUUGAAAAGACCUUUGUUUCAGGUUCCAAAUUCCAAUCACUCUCUUCCCAUUUGAUCAAGACGUCACGAAAUUCAGCUUCAAAUUUAAGCUUUUAUUUCUUUCUUUGUGUCCCUCCAUCAACAAGAAUCUUAGCAGAAUCUUGGUUUACAAUCGUGGGUUUCACUCAGAACAAAUUAGAUCAACCUCAGCUUGCCUCAGUCCAUAUAAGCGCCAUAGCCUCUGCUCGUUCAUCAAUUAACCGCCGCUAGUUCAGGAGCCGCCGCCGCUUCUGCUACAAAUCUGUCUCCGCCCUCCCUGAGUUUAGUUCGUCCGUUGGGUUUUCAUUUGCCGAUUCACUCGUUUAGAUCGGGCUCACUGUUCGGAUUCGCGCCGUGCAGGUUGCCGCUCGUGGAGUUGAACCACUCAAAUCUACCACUCAUUGAUUAGGCUCGCGCCGCUUAGUCUCACUCACAAUAUUCAUCGACAAUCUGGUUCGGUCCAACUGCUUUAGUCAAACAGGAUUGCGACAUACAAAUUGUGAGUCACUGCUCUUUUCGCAGACCUCAAAGCCAGAACUCUUUUGAUUAUGGAAAAUGGUAGAUAGCUGAAUCAGACUGGAUAUAAGAGUUUGGUUAUUCAAAUGGGGAACUCCAACAUAGAAGAAGUGCAAGAAAUUGAGACAGCUGAAAGUAUAGACGAAGAGAAGACUCACGAUGAAGCAGAGGAUGUAAAAAAAAUUGCACCUUGGACUAGACAGAUUACAAUCCGUGGUGUUAUUGCAAGCAUAGCAAUAGGAAUUAUGUACAGUGUAAUAGUGAUGAAGCUUAAUCUUACAACAGGUUUGGUCCCAAAUUUGAACGUUUCAGCUGCUCUUAUUGCAUUUGUCUUUAUAAAGACAUGGACUAUGUUGCUCGAGAAAGCUGGAAUUGUAUCCACUCCCUUUACAAGACAAGAAAAUACUGUAAUUCAGACAUGUGCUGUGGCUUGUUACAGCAUUGCUGUUGGAGGCGGCUUUGGAUCCUACUUGUUUGGUUUGAGCAGGAAGAUAUACGAGCAAGCGGGCGUCGACACGGAAGGAAAUGUUCCAGGAAGCACUAAAGAACCUGGAAUUGGGUGGAUUACUGCCUUCCUCUCCGUCAGUAGUUUUGUUGGACUUCUUGCCUUAGUUCCCCUCAGAAAGAUCAUGAUACUAGACUAUAAAUUGACUUAUCCGAGUGGAACUGCAACUGCUGUUCUCAUUAAUGGUUUCCACACACCAAAAGGAGACAAAAUGGCCAAGAAGCAAGUUCGUGGAUUCAUGAAAUACUUUUCAUUGAGUUUUCUCUGGGCACUGUUCCAAUGGUUUUAUUCUGGGGGAGAGAAAUGUGGAUUUUCGCAGUUUCCUACAUUUGGAUUGAAAGCUUGGAAAGAUUCGUUUUACUUUGAUUUCAGCUUGACUUAUGUUGGAGCAGGAAUGAUAUGCUCCCAUCUUGUGAACUUGUCAUUGCUUCUUGGUGCAGUUCUUUCUUGGGGCAUAAUGUGGCCUUUAAUGAAGGAACUUAAAGGAGAAUGGUAUCCGGGAUCUCUUCCAGAGAGUAGUAUGAAAAGCCUCAAUGGUUACAAGGUGUUUGUAUCGAUUGCUUUGAUACUUGGAGAUGGGCUUUAUCAUUUCCUUAAGAUUCUGUAUUUCACUGGUUCAAACAUGUAUGCAAAAGCAACCAACAAGAAGUUGAAAACAUUCCCAGAUGAUUCGAUCCAAACUUUUGACGAUCAUCAACGAAAUGAAGUGUUCUUAAGAGACAGUAUUCCGAUAUGGGUGGCGAUCAUAGGGUACAUUUUCUUCUCCAUUGUCUCUAUCAUUGUAAUCCCAAUCAUGUUCUCAGAGGUCAAGUGGUACUACAUAGUUGUUGCCUAUACUUUGGCACCAUCUCUUAGCUUUUGCAAUGCAUAUGGUGCUGGUCUAACUGACAUGAAUAUGGCUUAUAACUACGGGAAAGUGGCUCUCUUUGUUGUUGCUGCUAUGGCUGGUAAAAAUGAUGGUGUAGUUGCAGGACUUGUUGGUUGUGGUUUGAUUAAGUCUAUUGUUUCCAUCUCCUCUGAUUUGAUGCAUGAUUUCAAGACUGGUCAUCUCACACUUACAUCUCCAAGAUCCAUGCUUUUAAGCCAAGCUAUUGGCACAGCCUUAGGCUGCAUUGUAGCUCCUAUCACAUUCUUUAUAUUCUAUAAAGCUUUCGAUCUCGCCAACCCUGAUGGUGAAUAUAAGGUCCCAUAUGCCAUCAUAUACCGAAACAUGGCUAUCCUAGGAGUUGAAGGUUUCUCGGCUCUGCCGCAGCAUUGCUUGCAGCUGUGUUAUGGGUUCUUUAGCUUUGCCAUAGUAGCCAAUUUGCUGAGAGAUCUUACGCUCGAGAAAUUUGGGAAAUGGAUCCCACUGCCAAUGGUCAUGGCUGUGCCUUUUCUCGUUGGCGCUUAUUUUGCAAUCGAUAUGUGCUUGGGGAGCUUGAUCGUGUUCGUGUGGCACUAUCUUAAUCGUCAAAAGGCUGGAUUGAUGGUUCCGGCUGUCGCCUCUGGUUUGAUAUGUGGAGAAGGUUUAUGGAUUCUCCCUUCAUCAAUUCUUGCCUUGGCUAAGGUUCAUCCCCCACUCUGUAUGAGUUUUUUCUCUUCUAGUAAAAGUUGAAUGUAGAAAGAGCUUUGUAGUCAAGAAUCUAAACAGAAUGUUAUGUAUAUUCAAAAUGUAGAGAAGCUGCAAACACUUGAUAGCUUUUAGAAUGCAAUAAACUUGAAGUAGAUAAAAACAUUGCUGCUAUCAUGUUACUGUAUGAGUUAAAGCUUAUUAAAAUACUUUGACGAAUUGAAUCAAA